UGUUACCGGGAGAGCGGUCGUGACGUCAUACGGUGCUGCAAGCUAGCAGUCUCUCGGUGUAUGCGCGGCACUCGCUCUUGUGUGUGGACCACGAUAGGACUUUGGAUCGAAAGGGAAGACUACCAACUCACAACUCCGACUUGAAUAAGUGAAGACAAAAUGGUGGACGCAGCAGUGCUGGAGAAGUUGGAGGCUGGCUACACCAAGUUGGCCGCCUCUGACAGCAAGUCUCUGCUGAAGAAGUUUCUAACAAAGGAAGUGUUCGACAACCUGAAGACCAAGAAGACCCCUUCCUUUGGCUCUACACUUCUUGAUGUAAUCCAGUCUGGUCUUGAGAACCACGACUCUGGAGUCGGUAUCUACGCACCAGAUGCAGAGGCUUAUUCUGUGUUCGCCGAUCUGUUUGAUCCCAUCAUUGAGGACUACCAUGGUGGCUUCAAGAAGACUGACAAACAUCCACCCAAGGACUGGGGUGAUGUGGACACUCUAGGAAACUUGGACCCUGCUGGUGAAUACAUCAUCUCGACAAGAGUACGGUGUGGCCGCUCGCUGCAGGGCUAUCCUUUCAAUCCUUGCCUGACUGAAGCCCAGUACAAGGAGAUGGAGGACAAGGUCUCCAGUACGCUGUCUGGUCUGGAGGGUGAGCUGAAGGGUCAGUUCUACCCCCUCACUGGUAUGACGAAGGAAGUUCAGCAGAAGUUGAUCGACGACCAUUUCCUGUUUAAGGAGGGUGACCGCUUCCUACAGGCUGCCAAUGCAUGCCGCUUUUGGCCCACUGGACGAGGCAUAUAUCAUAAUGAUGCGAAAACGUUCCUGGUUUGGGCCAACGAGGAAGAUCAUUUGCGAAUCAUCUCCAUGCAGAUGGGCGGUGACUUGGGACAGGUGUACCGUCGCCUUGUGACAGCCGUGAAUGACAUUGAGAAGCGCAUUCCCUUCUCACACGAUGACCGUCUGGGCUUCCUUACCUUCUGCCCCACAAACCUGGGCACCACAGUGCGUGCGUCUGUGCAUAUCAAGGUACCCAAGCUGGCAGCUGACAAAGCCAAGCUAGAGGAGGUUGCUGGCAAAUACAACUUGCAGGUCCGUGGCACACGUGGUGAACACACAGAGGCUGAGGGCGGUGUGUACGACAUCUCCAACAAGCGGCGUAUGGGCCUCACAGAAUAUGAAGCUGUGAAGGAGAUGAACGAUGGUAUCGCCGAGCUCAUCAAACUCGAGAGCUCCCUCUAAAUUGUGGACCAAGAUGUCACCACCAUUACUGUCUAAUACACUGUAAUAUCCAUUAUAAGGCUGUUUCUCGAGUCAAGGGAAGUGGCCAGAAUCAAGAAUUUAUAACGAAGAAAUACCAGUCCGCUACCCAUAUCCUCUUCUUAACUUAAUUACUGUUUCUCCUCUUUCUUAAUUUGUCUGUAUCUUUGAUUCGAAAGAAAUCUUUUUACUGUGUAUUCAGUUAAAGCCAGUAUUUGAUUUUUAAGAAAUAAAAAAUGGAUAAGGAAACUUAUUUUGUGCGAGAGCCAAUUUUGAGUACUGUUACAAAAGCAUGACGACAUUGUUCAUGACGCUAAUCAGUAUUGUGUAAAGACAUUAUAAUUGUAACGAGCAGCUGCGAAUCUGUCGAUACGGUAAUAAUAUGUAUGUACAGUCUCGACUCUGCUCUUGGGAUGGUUUGUCUGUGACGGCGAUAUUUCUGCGAUUUCAAAUGACUGAAGGGAAUGGAUAUUAUUUCUUGAUCUAUUAUAUCUACAGUGUUCUUUUGUUUCAAUACUUUCCCUCAGAAUAAGUUCGUUUAUGCCUUUCGGUGUUGCAGAAUCUGAUAUAUUAAUUCAAGGAUGUGGGCUGCGAGAUGUGUUCAGACGUAGAUCGCGAUAGUUAAAAUGAAAACAGAAAUUAAAAGAUUUCACUCUUGCUUAUGUUUUAAACUAGAAGGGGGGGCUAGAAGGUUGCAAUGGCUGCAGACAUUUGUCUGUUCUAGUCAGAGUGAUUCAGUAUUUCAUGUUUAUUAUUAAAAUAGCGCAACAGCCUGUACGAUGAAAUGCGUACCAAAUAGUUCCUUUUGCCCGGAUUGGGAUGAUUACUCUUCGAGCGGAUGCUUACGUCUUUCUGGGCUUUUGCUGUGGCUUGUUCACCCAAACACAUCUGCUCCCCUUUACGUUAUGUUUCAUGCAGUCACGUAUACAAUACGGAAUUUGGGAUUUUAUGUAUUCAUUCUAAAUAUAUAUUAAAAAUAAGUGAAUUUGUUCUGGUUUCUUCAUGCUUCUAGUCCCUAAUUGUGAAAGUUUAUUAUAUGAUUUAUAUUUUUUUUCGUUUAAUUAAACUGAAGUCGAGAGUAUGCUGAAAGACAUUAGACUAUCACAUGCACAAGAAGAGUACCAUUUCCAAAGUAUGAAGCAGAUAUCAAUCCAGUGUUUGAAUAAAUGAGGCAAAUAAAAUGAAUAAAAGAGAAAUUAAUAUGUA